AUGUUGUGGGGGUAUGGGGGUUUGGUUAGGGUGUUUGUGGGGGUGGGGGUGGUAAUGUGGUAUGUGUUUGUUGGGGGGUGGUUGGGGUUGGGGGGUGGUGUUUUGAGUGAAAAUGGGUGGUUAGGGGUUUGGUUGUGGGGGUUUUGGGGGGGGGUUGGGGGUGGUGUGGUUGUUUGUGUGUGUUUGGGGGUGGGUUUUUUUUUUGUGUUUGUUUUUGGGUGGGGGUGGGGUUGUUUGUUGGGAGGGUGUGGUGGGUGGGUUGGAUGUGGGUGUUGUUGGGUUGGGUUUUUUUUGAGUUGUGGGGAGGGGGUGGGUUGGGUUUGGGUUGGUGUGUGUUUGGGUGUGGUUGUGGGGGUGUGUGUUUUUGUUGGUUGUAGGGGGUGGGGGGGUGUUGUGUUGUGGGUUGGUUGGGGGUGUGGUGUUUUUGGUGAUUUGUGUUUGUGGGUUGUGGUGUUGGGGAUGUGGUGGGUGUGGGGGUUGUUUGUGUUGGUUAAGGGUGGUUGGGGUAGGUGGUGGUGUGUUUUGUGGGGGGGUUGUGGGGUGUGUAAAAAAAAGCUGAACCUGGUGAUGGUGACGGUUCCGGAGACGGCUGGAACUUGUGAGGAGCAGCUGAAAAUGGGAGAGCUCAUAUGUCGCGGCCGCUACACCAGUGUGUACCGCGGCGCCCUGAGCGAGCGCAGUGUCGCGGUAAAGGUCUACCCUGCUGCACACAAACACAAAUACGACAACGAGCGCUACAACUACAGCCUCCUGCUGCCACGGCAACAGCUCAACAUCGCACGCUUCUUGUGUGGGGAUGAGAGGGUUGACGCUGGCGGCGGUGCUCACUUCCUGUUGGUCCUGGAACACUACCCUCAGGGCAGCCUGUCUCACUUCCUGUCCCGCUGGUCGGUGGACUGGCCGUCCUGCUGCAGGAUGAUGCAUGGAGUCAGCAGAGGAUUGUCUUUCCUGCACUCGGAAGUCCUCACUGGAGAUGAAUGGAAGCCUGCGAUGGUCCACAGAGACGUGAGCAGCUCCAACGUCCUGCUGCGCUCGGACCUGUCCUGUGUCCUGGCCGACUUCAGCCUGUCCAAGAGGCUGACGAGGGAGCCCUGCCCCCAGCAUGGCGGCCCCAAGACCCAGCACGGAGAACCCAGGACCCAGCACGGAGACAGCGUGUCAGAGGUGGGGGCCCUCCGGUACCUGGCCCCUGAGCUGGUGGCUGGGCCCCUGUGUGAGUGUGGGGCAGCGCUGAAGCAGGCGGACGUCUACGCUCUGGGACUGCUGUUCUGGGAGUGCUCCAGGAGGUGCCACGACCUGUUCCCUGGGGGGACCAGCCCACCCUUCCAGCUCGCCUUUGAAGCAGAGCUCGGUCGGGAGCCCACGCUGCAGGACAUGCACAGGCUGGUGGUCCGGGACAGGUGCCGACCACGCCCCCCCCUGCAGUGGAGAGACAGCAGCUCGGUUUUGCAGCAGCUGAAGGAGACCAUGGAGGAGUGCUGGGACCAGGAUGCAGAGGCCCGACUCAGUGCCCAGUGUGUGGAGGAGCGACUGGACCAGAUGUCCCGGCUGCAUGUUCCUGCCACGUUCACACACAGUGAUGGGGCUGGUGGGCGCUGGCCUGCGGAGCCGUCGUCCUGCUCGGUGGAUGUGAGCGAGGAGCUGCUGUCUCAGGUCAGAACUGAUGUGGUUCUCUGUCCAAAUGUGGCAUGGAACGUGCACGUCUCUGUCAUGGUUUAG